AAAAGGGGGAUAGAUUAACUUGCUACGUGCAUUUCUCUUGCUUUACACACCUCCACGCAAUCGCAGCAGAAAUUUAUGUGAUGACGGCAUCGCACAUGAUCAUCCCCACUCCCAAAUGUUAUUUCUUUUGAUUCUUCCUCUCAACAAUCUACCCUAAGAAACCAAAAUCACUAACAAAAGAUGAACAAUCGAUCCAUACAGAACUGGGUUCCAAGCGAUAUCGCCUUCAAAAUCGCUUCCUUGCUUCAGGAAUUGGAUUUGUGUGCGUUGGGUAGUUGCUCUCGGUUUUGGCGGGAGCUUUGCGGGUCUGAUCAUAUAUGGGCGGGUCUAUGCAGAGACAGAUGGCCAGCCCUCGGUUUCGAUAAAGAACAAUCUUCUUCUGUUCCUGAAUUCAAUCCCCAUCAACUUCAACAACAGCAUUUGGACUCCAAUUUAAAGGGAUGGAGGGGGUUUUAUGUGAAUAAACAUCAUGAAAUGGCUAGUAAGGCGGACGCUGUUAUUGCCUUUUUGGAACAAUGCAUUUCAUCAGAAUCCGUUGAGGUUAAUCAUUAUUUGGUUGCAAUGCAAAACAUGAAUUCAAUGCAAUUUGGGUUUAGAGAUGUGGUGUUGUUCUUUUUCAAAGAAAAUCUUCAUGUUUUGCUCAAUUUGGCUGGUUUGCACUACUCUAUUGCAUGGCUUGGAGUUCCGGCGGGUGAUGUGAUGGAGGCUUUAAAUAGCUCAAAGAUUUGUGAUCGACAAAUAUGUGUUCAAUGGUGGAAGCUUGGGAGGUGGUUGUAUGGAUUUAGGCUUCGUGAUGAGUCGAUUUCACGAAGGGCUUCUUUAAGAGAUCUUGCAAUGAUGAAAGAACAACAAGUUCUUGAUGUGCUUUAUCGGGGUGCUAUUCAUGAGGUCAUACGUGUUCAGAUUUCGGCUGCUAAACCAGUUUCCUCGCCUUGGUCAUGCCAAACAUCAAGUUAGAGGAAGGUCUCUAUGUGUCAUGUGUGUGUAUAUAUAACAAUAUAUAAUGCAUUCUGUGUAUAAUUGUUGAUAUGUAUGUUGAAUAGUGUAAAUAAAUGGCAUCGUGUGCAUUGAUUCGCCUGAUAUGAUAUGUAAUUUCACCGUC